AUUUCAUCUUUUAGCUGUCUACGAUGAGGUUUUGGCACUUAAAUCAGCGUGCGGUAGCGCUCAUCUCAAGACGAUUCUUGCAACUGGAGAGCUGAAAACUUUGGCAAAUGUUUACAAAGCGAGUUGGGCUAGCAUCUUGGCAGGCUCCGACUUUAUCAAAACCUCAACGGGAAAGGAAACCACAAACGCUACUUUGGAAGUAGCGUUUGUGAUGUGUUCAGCAAUCAAGAGGUGGCAUGAACUUACCGGCAAGAAGGUGGGCUUCAAACCAGCUGGAGGGAUCAAGACACCACUGGAAGGCUCUUGCUUAUGUUGCUCUUAUCAAAGAUAUCCUGCUAUGCGCGUGACAUUUCUUCACCCUGACUUGGGUAUUGGUGGUGCUGAACGACUCGUUGUGGAUGCAGCUGUGGCACUACAAAAUAAAGGUCAUCAAGUGAAGAUAGUGACAAGCCAAUUCGAUCCCAAUCAUGCAUUCAAGGAAACAAAGGAGCUAGUGGUUCCUAACUAUUGA